UCACUGCGCCGCGCCGCUCCGCAUCUUACGCAAAUUACGUAACGAGUCACUGGCGAGGCUUUUUCAGCUGGUUAGCCCAAAAAACAUCCCAGAACAUGAGCAACAAAACCAGACGAAGAAAGACAAUAAGAUAACAAAUCACUCCGAGAAUAGAAAGAUAACCUGUUUAGGUGGUACGUUGAAACAUCCGGCACACAGCAUCCCUCACACCCGGAGGCCAAAGCUUCGCCUGGUGUUCUGUAGGACUAAGCAGCUGUGUGACAGAUUACCAGUGGAUGAGUACAGACAUCCAGCGUUUAUAGGAUCUCAUGCUCUAAAACCAACUAGCCAAGACCUAUGGCAAUAAAUCACACGCCUAAAGUAUUUACCCGAAUACCAGAUGUAAGAAAGGGGGUACCUCUGGACUAGUUUUUGAUAAACUCAACACAGUCCUGCGGUCAAAGUCUGCAGAGGGGUUGGGGUGCAUGGGUGUUGUACUGACAGCAGGCUGUUGUCAUGGUGGACUGGUAUGUCUGAGCCUGAAGCUAGCAUAGCUUCGCAGUUUCAUAUAGCAUGUUAGCAUAUGGCUAACCACGUAUGGUGACUGAUCAGGCCAUUAUCCUCUUCCCCUCCAUCACCAUCUCUGGCCCCCUUCAAGGGGGUAUAAACUAGCUGGUAGUGGUGCCCCCUUACCCCGUCAUCUCUUCAUUUCUCUUUCAUUUAGCCAUCUAUCCACCCCCACCCCAACAAUCAUCAGCUUUCUUUCGCCCUCAUCAGCCCUCCUCACUUUUUUUGUCGUACUAAGCACUCUUUCGCUCUGCCUAACUCAGCUCUCGUCCUUUUUGAUAUCCACUUCUUUCCUUUGAAUUCAUCGCACAUCUGUCCCACCACAGCUCAGUCCCUGCCCUCUUUAAAUUCAAACCUCAAGCCCACUUUAAUUCACACUUUGGCCCUGCCUAGACCACCCUGAACGUCUGACAGUCGAGCCGCUGGGCAGUUGUUUUUGGUAGUUGCUUUUGGUUGCAUGGAAUCGGCUUAACCGUGGAGAGGCCAGGCUACCACAAACUGAUGGACUUUGACAAGCGGGGAGUAGGGGGAGGAGGAGGAGGAGGUGGUGGCGGUGGAGGAGGAGGAGGAGGAGGUGGUGGUGGUGGUGCAGGUGGAGGAGGUGGAGGGAAGGGGGAGACAGAGGAGGGGAAGAGGAUGCCCGGGAAGACGGGGAGUCGAUCAGGGCACGGUGGCCGGGGUGCAAGCUCCAACUCCGGGGUUCUGAUGGUCGGACCAAACUUCCGGGUCGGAAAGAAGAUCGGCUGUGGGAACUUUGGAGAGCUGCGACUUGGAAAGAACCUGUACACCAACGAAUACGUGGCUAUCAAACUGGAGCCAAUCAAGUCGCGGGCGCCACAGCUCCACCUAGAAUAUCGCUUCUACAAACAGCUGGGAAGCUCAGAGGGCGUACCCCAGGUGUUUUACUUUGGACCGUGUGGUAAAUACAAUGCUAUGGUUCUGGAGCUACUGGGACCCAGCUUAGAAGAUCUGUUUGACCUCUGUGACCGGACCUUCUCUCUAAAGACUGUACUCAUGAUAGCCAUACAACUGAUAACCCGCAUGGAGUUUGUCCACACCAGAAGCCUGAUCUAUCGAGACGUGAAGCCUGAGAACUUCCUGGUGGGCCGACCCGGCUCCAAACGGCAACACACCAUCCACAUCAUAGACUUUGGCCUGGCGAAAGAAUACAUAGACCCAGAGACCAAGAAACACAUCCCAUACAGAGAACACAAGAGUCUGACUGGAACUGCUAGAUAUAUGAGCAUCAAUACACAUCUGGGGAAAGAGCAAAGCAGGCGGGAUGACCUGGAAGCUCUGGGCCACAUGUUCAUGUACUUCCUGCGAGGCAGCCUACCCUGGCAGGGGCUCAAGGCUGACACUCUGAAAGAACGUUAUCAGAAGAUCGGAGACACCAAGAGAGACACACCGAUAGAGGUCCUCUGUGAAAGCUUCCCAGAAGAAAUGGCCACCUACCUGCGGUACGUGCGUCGCCUGGACUUCUUCGAGAAGCCGGAUUACGACUACCUGAGGAAACUCUUUACGGACCUCUUUGACAGAAACGGAUACAUCUUCGACUACCAGUACGACUGGACUGGAAAGCCACUGCCCACUCCUAUUGGUCCGGUGGCCAGCGAGACUCCACUUCAGACGAGCAACCGAGAGAAAGCACCGCAGACCAAAAACCAGUCUCCAGAGGGGAAAGGCAGUGAGUCGCAGCCCACUCCAGUGACCAAUCGAGAGCUGCUGGGCUCCCAUCUCACUGCUGAUAGGCUGGGCGGGUCCGUCCAGGUGAUGAGUUCAACCAAUGGGGAGCUGAAUACAGACGACCCCACUGCAGGACACUCCAACGCACCAAUCACAGCCAAUGCAGAGGUGGAGGUGGCUGAUGAUACCAAGUGCUGCUGUUUCUUCAAGAGGAGGAAGAGGAAAGCUCUCCAGAGACACAAAUGAAGACGAGAGAGAAACCCUGGUCUCUUUGUGCUUUCUCUCUCUCUCUCUCUCUCUCUCUCUCUGUCUCCGUCUCUAGCCCUCUUCAUAUAACCCUCUCUUUCUCCCUCAGUCCCCCCCCCUUCUGACCCUCAUUCUCUGCUGUCGGAGGUCCUGUAGUUUACCUUGGGUCGGCUGGACUGGCUGGACCACCGGGCAGCAGAAGAUGUUUGCUGAGCUGAUCUACUGGUUUUCGCUGCUCUGGAAUGAGCAGACAGACAGUAACGCGUUUGCUGUUCCACCUCGGAGCUUUAACUGUGGACUAGCUGUACCAGCGGUGGAGUCUUCGUGUAUUUAUGGUCACAAACUGAAACUGGAUCAACACAAACUGCUUGGGGGGGGGGGGGACAAGUGACCACAAACACACAGUUGAUAGACUGAUUGGCUGACAGACUGGAUUCAGCUGGUUUCUGGCUAUGUUUUUGUUGUGUUUUUUUCUUCCUUACUGACUGGUUCAGAGGAGUGUAUUUCUGUGGAGAUGGACAACAAAAGGAUGGGAAGCAUCGAGACUGUCGGACCACACAAAACACACACACACACAUAUGUACAAACACGCUGCACACUUUCUCGAGCUCAUCGUAAAGAGACUUCAUGGACAAAAAGAUGCAGCUCUCGCACAUAGUCUAUAAAGUUUUUAUUCCCUCGGGUCAAAGGAAGUACACAUUGAGCGGCUUGGUCUAUUUCCUGCAACGGAUUGAGCUCCGUGUACUUCUCAGACACAUUCACCCCCCCCAAGAGGAAGACAAACCCUCACAACCACCAGAAUCAAACGUUUAAAACAGAUGUUUAUGUGAAAACUAUGCUUUUCCCUGUUUUAAUUUGUAACUAAAAAGAAGACUGUCUACAAUUUUUUUUUUUUUGUUUCUGUCUUUUUGAGUUCAAAAAGUUUGUGUUUAGUAGUUUGGAGUGUUCCUCAAAAUGUUUUUGUUUUUUUAAUAACUUGUAUUUUUAAUUUUCUGUUUUUUUUUCCUCUUUCUCUCUGGGUUGGAGGAUGGAAAGUCUGAUAUCUCCAUUAAAAAACAACCAAACAAAAUAAAAGCUGAUCUUUAUUUAA